AUGAAAAUAAAGAACAAAGGUAAAGUCCAUCCAUCUCCAUCUUCUUCUCCUUCGUCUUCUUCCGAUGGGGACUUCUUUGAUGUCUUCAACUAUCUUCCGGCGGCGAUUUUGGCUCUUCUCACGGUUCUGACCAUCGACGAUCGAGAGGUUUUGGCUUUCAUGAUGAGAAGAUCCAUGGAGACGUCAACGCCGUCGUCUUCCCCAUCGGAAAAUAAAUUUUCCAAGAGAGGUUCGAAGAAAUCCGGUGCUCCACGAGCCAAUUCGGGUAGCGUGUGUGUUCACGCGCCGCCGUCUCUUAGUUGCUUUGACUGUUAUAUGAGUUACUGGAACCGAUGGAACUCGUCGCCGAACGGCGAGCUAAUUCAUCAGGCCAUUGAGGCUUUCGAAGAGCAAUUGGCCAACGGAGAAAAAUCCGGCAAGAACAUCAAAUGCAAGAGGAAGGACAAAAUCGGCCGCCGAUCAUCGGAGAAGCCUGUCGAUGUUGCUCCUCUGUCGCCGCCGCCGUUGCCUGAAGUUCUUCCGUUGGCGAUUGAUGACGGUUCUGUGGCUCCAGCGACAUCUGUGAGUGGUGGUGUUGAAGCGGCAGAGGGAAGUGGAGAACUGCCACGGACUGAGGCGCGGGCUGCGAUGGUGGUUGUCCCUUCGUCGCCGCCGAGCAACCACAAGGGUUUGGCCCGGAAGGUAUGGCCGGACGUGUUAGGGUUAUUUAAUUCUCGUCUAUGGAGUCUUUGGGGUCCAAAUUAG